AUGUUCGCCGGAGCCAAAGCGGUCUUUCGCAGAUAUCCCAACAGUAAGGCGGGGGCGAUAAUGGCGGUGUUUGAGUUCCUGGCAGCUCAAGGGGUGCGUUUGGGCCCGAUCACGCUGGAGACUCAGUUUGAGGAUUACUUCAUUGAGGGCAGCCGUAGGGCUUAUGAGGUUAGGACAACAUAUCUCGUGUCCGAAGAGCUAAUCAACCGUGUCGAGUCUCUGCUCAAGGACGGCAAAAAGUCGCCUCUGAAAACCACGAGUGAGGGCAAAUUGGUCUGGAAACGCUGGCUCGAAUUCAAGUUUCGUCGUGUCGUCGCGGAGUAUAAAUCGAAGAUUGCCUGCAAGCCUCAAGAGCCGGCUACCGUGACCUUCCGCAUCUGGGGCAAGGUCACCGGCAUAUAUCAAACUUACCGUCACGGAAUGCUCACCGUCAUUCUAUGUGUGACUUGCGGCCUGUUGUACUAUCUGGUCCAGCUUUUACUUGCUUAUCCGCCUCCCAAAUCCGACUGGCAAAAGUUUCUAGACGGGUGCAAGGCAUUAAUCGGCUGGUGA